UCGUCUCAACAAAUAUGGCGGCUGUUUUCAAACGGAGUUUAGAGUUGGGCUUUGGUGUUUCAGACUGAAAUAUCUUGGCGUCAGCAGAUCUGUGUCAUUUCACACCAUGGUGACGAAGGAGAAGUUUCUCGUUGUUGUCUCGAUUCUGGAAGGGAGGAAAUUCCCCAAGAGAUCUCAUCACCAACUAUUGAUAGAAACCCGUUUUGAUGGAGAGUUACUUGCCACGGAUCCUGUAUCUCACGGCGAAACACCUGAACUCUGCACGGAAUUGGCAUGGGAGUUGAGCAAGAAAGCUCUACAUCAGCAUCGUCUGCAGAGAACUCCAAUAAAGCUGGUGUGUUAUGCCCUAGACACCAGCACUAAUGCCAGGGAAAGCAUUGGAUAUGUGAUGCUUGACCUUAGGACAGCUAUCCUUCAAGAAGCUUCGCCUGCUAAAGUUCCUGUGACAAGCAAGUGGUAUCCGUUACUAAAUUCCAAGUACAACCGUCAUAAACCCCAACUGAAGGUUGGAGUAGCCCUAGAGGCCGACACACAAGCCAAAGAUGAAAGCUUCAGAGCAAAAGCAGCUCCUCCUAGAUCAGCUAUGGGUCUUCCUGAAGAUGAAGUAUCCCAACAUGAGAUUCCUCCAAGCUCUCUUAAACCAAUCCUGAACGAUGCUGAAGGUUGUUAUCAGAUCGGUCCUCCUGAUUCAUGCACAGAAAGCUUUGUCCUGUCUGUUACCAUCGCCUACGCUGCCAAUCUUGCACAGCUUGUUCCGUCCAGCAUACCUCUCCCAUCCAGAGACAAAGGAUUCUUCUUCUUCUAUUCUCUCUUUGGGAACGACGUAACCAACGAGCCUUUUCAUGAUCUCCUCAACCCAAGCUUCACAGCGGAGAGAGCUUCAGUGCGGCUACGUAGCAGUGUACACGCACUCCAGAUGAUGUUUGCAAGGGAACCAGCUCUUUCGAUUCACUUGUGUUGUGGUGACCAAUCACUCGGCAGUUGUGAGGUACCAUGGAGCUCCAUGUUAAGACCCAACAGUGACGCCAUCAAUCGUCAACCCCUGAUCAUAGAGGGCUCUUUCCAUCUCAACCCACCUCUACAAGUCAGAGGUGUUUUACCACCAGGAGAUAAUACAGCCUGUGUAGGAGCGUCAGUUGUCUUGCGCAGAGAAGAAAUCCCAAUACAACCAGUUAUACCAAAGGUACCCCCUACCUAUGGAACAGCACAGCCUACCAGGACACCUCCCCACACCCCACCCCAAAUCACCACCCCUCCAAAGCCUCCAAUGGCGGUCCAAGGUAAAGGGAAGAAACCAUCUGAGGAAGCAGCAGCCCCUCAGUGUCUGAACUCUCCAGCCGGUAGUCAAGACAGCUACACAAUGCCAACAGACAGCAGUAGGACGGAUGCUGAUAUAGGAAGCAUCAAAGAGGAGGAAGCUAAGACACGAGACAAGAAAGAUGGGCCAAGACAAACUACAGCCGCACAAGAUGCUCGACGGUUGCCAGACCCCAGAACACAACCCCAGCAACAACCAGUGAGAGAUGAAACAUCCACCUCCACCACACAGCCACAUGUGAUGAUAGAAGCACUAGCACACCAUUUCUCAAUGUCCAUCGAUCUGCGGAGUGUAAAGAAUAUUGAAACAACAACCAAUUUAAAUAUUUAUUUAAGAUACCUGUACCCCUUUUUUGGGAGUGUGUCCCCAAUCCUGACGCACCCACCCAUUGAGGUUCGACGUCAUACAGAGGUUCUUCUUCCUCACUCGUUCUGCUCCUUCAACCUGGCAGCGACCGUACAGCAACUUCAGGAGACGUUACUCAGGGUUCCUUUACUUGUUGAGGUGUGGCAUCGAGACAGGAUGACUAAAGAUCAGCUUCUUGGAGUCGCUAGAGUAUCCCUCGCUGGAGUACUGAGGGCAGAGAAAGCAAGAAUAGUGCAUCCCAGUGGAACUGGAGCCGAAGGAACUCGUCAAAUUCACAGUGAGUCAGUAACAGCUGAGACUACAUCAGACGGUAAACCUAACAGGUUGGCGGAGCUACACGUAGUACUGGGAUUGGAGGAUUAUGGACCAAUCAGGGCUCAGCAAGUUGUCUUGGGUUCAGAGGCCACAUCGAGUAGUUCCACCCAUCCAGUUCUCCAUCAUCAAGCUAGACAACCCCCUCCUCAACCUCCUUCCCCUGAGCAAGUCCCUGCCCCUGACCCCAGGGAGACAGCGGAGUAUAAAGCAGCCUUAGAGCUGGAGAUGUGGAAGGAGCAACAUGUACGCAGCUUUGAGAGUCAGCUGAAAGACAAGGAGCUUCAGCAUCUUAGAUCUUUAACUGAAGAGUGGAAGAGGAAAGACAGAGAACGGGAGGCACUCGUCGUUAAAAAGCUUGAGGAGCAUUCUCGUCUUGAGGAUCAACUCCGUCACGCCUUUGCCGACAUAGAGAAGAGAGAGCAGCAGUUAGCAGCCAAUGAAUCUGAAGUGAUGCGUCUUCGGACUGAUCUACAACGUGAACAAGAAAGACAAGUGACUGAAAUGAGGGAAGUGUCUCGACGAAUGAAGGAAGAUCACAUCAGUCAGAUGGAGAUAGAGAAGUCAAAGGUCAGACUCCUUGAAGAGGAGAAACAACAUUUGUCUAAGCUGUUAUCCCAGAGUCAGACUCAACUCCAGGAGAAAGAUCGUGAGUUUCAGACCUUCAGAGAUCAGCUGAACAACAAACCAGAGAUCAGGCUGCAGUCCGACCUGAGUUUACUUACUCUGGAAAAGGUGGAGCUGGAGAGGAAACUUGAGUCAGUCACCAAAUCUAAGAUUCACUACAAGCAGCAGUGGGGUCGCGCCUUGAAGGAACUAGCGAGACUCAAACAACGGGAACAGAGCGAGGCCAAGGCAAGGUUGAAACGAGAACAACAAGAACUGGAGCAUAUGAGAUUGAGGUAUCUAGCUGCUGAGGAGAAGGAGGUUGUCAAAUCGGAGAGACAACAAUUAGAUGAAAUCAAAGGAGAGCUGAAUAGGUUAAAGCAGCAAGAGGUUGACAAAGAACAGAAGGCUCAUCAGCAACAGACGCCAUCUCCUCGUGAAACUAAUCCAGAACACAAGGAGAAUACGCAACCUCAAGGGGUAGGACACAUUGACCCAGGGAUUGAGGCCCACGUAGCACGUCUCAUUGAGGAGAGGGAUACGUUACUGAGGACUGGAGUUUAUACUCACCAAGAUCGGAUUAUUAGUGAACUUGAUCGUCAGAUUAGAGAGUCUAUAGCACAGGGUCAUGUAGUUUAAUCUGCGGCCAUCUUGGUCUAAUUCCCUUUAUAAUUACAGUGACUACAGGCCUCGAAUUUACCCACGGCACCCACAUCAAGAGACCCUUCCCAUGAAAUAUGUAAAUUGCACAUAGCGCGUGCGCACUCAC